UUUGUGUGGCGCCGCGGGGACUACAAUUCCCGACGUGCUCAGCGCGCAUCAUCGCGGUCCCGCGAGAACCAGUCUGCGUCUGUUCAGGCGGAACUACGUUUCCCGGUGUGCACUGCGGGCCGCCGAGCCUCCAGACAGCGUUGCUCCCCAGGGGAGGGAGCAGCGCUGGCCCAUUUUGCAGAUGGGGACGUCGAGGCCCGGGCCGACUGCGAUCUCGGAGGCGGCCUUGGCUCAGUGGGAUGAGGUCCCAGGCGUCCCGGCCCCCGGGGAAGGCUUGGCGGAGCUGGUAUGCGAUGCGCAGCCAGUGCCGUUCGUCCCGCAGGUGCUGGGUGUGAUGAUCGGGGCUGGAGUCGCGGUGCUGGUCACGGCCGUGCUCAUCCUCCUGCUGGUGCGGAGGCUUCGAGUGCCGAAAACCCCAGCCCCGGAGGGCCCGCGGUAUCGAUUCCGGAAGAGAGAUAAAGUGCUUUUCUAUGGCCGGAAGAUAAUGCGGAAGGUAUCACAAUCCACUUCUUCGCUGGUGGACGCCUCCGUCUCCACCACUUCCCGGCCACGCAUGAAGAAGAAACUUAAGAUGCUCAACAUUGCUAAGAAGAUCCUGCGCAUCCAGAAAGAGACGCCAACGCUGCAGCGGAAGGAGCCCCCGCCUGCGGUGCUGGAGGCUGACCUGACCGAGGGCGACCUGGCCAACUCCCACCUGCCGUCCGAGGUGCUCUACAUGCUCAAGAACGUCCGGGUGCUGGGCCACUUUGAGAAGCCGCUCUUCCUGGAGCUGUGCCGGCACAUGGUCUUCCAGCGGCUCAGCCAGGGUGACUACGUCUUCCGGCCAGGCCAGCCCGAUGCCAGCAUCUACGUGGUGCAGGAUGGGCUGCUGGAGCUCUGUCUGCCGGCUCCUGAUGGCAAGGAGUGUGUGGUGAAGGAAGUGGUUCCUGGGGACAGUGUCAACAGCCUGCUGAGCAUCCUGGAUGUCAUCACCGGUCACCAGCACCCCCAGCGCACUGUGUCCGCUCGGGCGGCCCGAGACUCCACGGUGCUGCGGCUUCCAGUCGAGGCCUUCUCAGCCGUCUUCACCAAGUAUCCCGAGAGCUUGGUGCGGGUCGUGCAGAUCAUCAUGGUGAGGCUGCAGCGGGUCACUUUCCUGGCACUUCACAACUACCUGGGCCUGACCAAUGAGCUCUUCAGCCACGAGAUCCAGCCCCUGCGCCUCUUCCCCAGCCCGGGCCUCCCAGCCCGCACCAGCCCUGUGCGUGGCUCCAAGCGGACGGUCAGCACCUCGGCUACUGAGGAGCCGAGGGAGACGCCUGGCCGGCCGCCUGACCCCACCGGGGCCCCACUGCCUGGAACUGCAGGGGACCCAGUGAAGCCCACAUCCCUGGAAGCCCCCUCGGCCCCCUUGCUGAGCCGCUGCAUCUCGAUGCCCGUGGACAUCUCAGGCUUGCAGGGUGGCCCUCGCUCGGACUUCGACAUGGCAUAUGAGCGAGGCCGGAUCUCCGUGUCCCUGCAGGAGGAGGCCUCAGUGGGGCUCCAGGCAGCCCUGGCUCGGACCCCUACUCAGGAGGCCCGGGAGCAGCCAGCCGGCGCCUGUGAAUACAGCUACUGUGAGGACGAGUCGGCCACCGGCGGGUGCCCCUUCGGGCCCUACCAGGGCCGCCAGACGAGCAGCAUCUUUGAGGCGGCGAAGCGGGAGCUGGCCAAGCUGAUGCGGAUUGAGGACCCCUCCCUUUUGAACAGCCGAGUCUUGCUGCAUCACACCAAAGCCGGCACCAUCAUUGCCCGCCAGGGGGACCAGGAUGUGAGCCUGCACUUUGUGCUCUGGGGCUGCCUGCACGUCUACCAGCGCAUGAUCGACAAGGCCGAAGACGUGUGCCUGUUCGUGGUGCAGCCCGGAGAGCUGGUGGGACAGCUGGCCGUGCUUACCGGCGAGCCCCUCAUCUUCACGCUGCGAGCCCAGCGUGAUUGCACCUUCCUGCGGAUCUCCAAGUCCGACUUCUAUGAGAUCAUGCGUGCACAGCCCAGUGUAGUGCUGAGCGCCGCGCAGACCGUGGCCGCGAGGAUGUCGCCCUUCGUGCGCCAGAUGGACUUCGCCAUCGACUGGACAGCGGUGGAGGCGGGACGCGCACUGUACAGGCAGGGCGACCGCUCCGACUGCACCUACAUCGUGCUCAAUGGGCGGCUGCGAAGUGUCAUCCAGCGUGGCAACGGCAAGAAGGAGCUGGUGGGCGAGUACGGCCGCGGGGAUCUCAUAGGAGUGGUGGAGGCGCUGACCAGGCAGCCACGUGCCACGACGGUGCACGCGGUGCGCGACACAGAGCUGGCCAAACUCCCCGAGGGCACCCUGGGCCACAUCAAACGUCGAUACCCGCAGGUCGUGACCCGCCUCAUCCACCUGCUGAGCCAGAAAAUUCUGGGGAAUUUGCAGCAGCUGCAAGGACCCUUCCCAGCAGGUUCGGGACUAGGUGUUCCCCCUCACUCGGAGCUCACCAACCCAGCCAGCAACCUGGCAACAGUGGCAGUGCUGCCCGUGUGUGCCGAGGUGCCCAUGGUGGCCUUCAUGCUGGAGCUGCAGCAUGCUUUGCAAGCCAUCGGCCCCACACUUCUCCUCAACAGUGACAUCAUCCGGGCGCGCCUGGGGGCCUCUGCGCUGGACAGCAUCCAAGAAUUCCGGCUGUCGGGGUGGCUGGCCCAGCAGGAGGACACGCACCGCAUCGUGCUCUACCAGACAGACGCAUCGCUGACGCCCUGGACCUUGCGCUGCCUGCGCCAGGCCGACUGCAUCCUCAUCGUGGGCCUUGGCGACCAGGAGCCCACGCUUGGCCAGCUGGAGCAGAUGCUGGAGAACACGGCAGUGCGCGCCCUCAAGCAGCUGGUCCUGCUGCACCGCGAGGAGGGCCAGGGCCCCACGCGCACAGUGGAGUGGCUCAACAUGCGCAGCUGGUGCUCGGGGCACCUGCAUCUGCGCUGUCCGCGCCGCCUCUUCUCGCGCCGAAGCCCCGCCAAGCUGCACGAGCUCUACGAGAAGGUUUUCUCGAGGCGCGCAGACCGGCACAGCGACUUCUCCCGCCUGGCGCGGGUGCUCACAGGCAACACCAUCGCCUUGGUGCUGGGCGGGGGCGGGGCCAGGGGCUGCUCACACAUCGGGGUGCUGAAGGCAUUAGAGGAGGCGGGGGUCCCCGUCGACCUGGUGGGCGGCACGUCCAUCGGCUCCUUCAUCGGGGCCCUGUACGCCGAGGAGCGGAGCGCCAGCCGCACUAAGCAGCGGGCCCGGGAGUGGGCCAAGAGCAUGACUUCAGUUCUGGAGCCCGUGCUGGACCUCACCUACCCCGUCACCUCCAUGUUCACGGGGUCGGCCUUCAACCGCAGCAUCCACCGUGUCUUCCAGGACAAGCAGAUCGAGGACCUGUGGCUGCCGUACUUCAACGUGACCACGGACAUCACCGCCUCGGCCAUGCGUGUCCACAAAGAUGGCUCCCUGUGGCGAUACGUGCGUGCCAGCAUGACACUCUCGGGAUACCUGCCGCCACUGUGCGACCCCAAGGACGGGCACCUCCUCAUGGACGGCGGCUACAUCAACAACCUGCCAGGUGAAGGAUGCGCCCACGUGCUGUAUUUGACACGCACACACACAGGGCAAGCAUGGACACACGCAGCGGACAUUGCUCGCAGCAUGGGUGCCAAGACGGUCAUCGCCAUCGACGUGGGAAGUCAGGAUGAGACGGACCUCAGCACCUACGGGGACAGCCUCUCUGGUUGGUGGCUGCUGUGGAAGCGGCUGAACCCCUGGGCAGACAAGAUCAAGGUUCCAGACAUGGCCGAGAUCCAGUCUCGCCUGGCCUAUGUGUCCUGCGUGCGGCAGCUGGAGGUCGUGAAGUCCAGCUCGUACUGCGAGUACCUGCGCCCACCCAUUGACUGCUUCAAGACCAUGGACUUUGGGAAGUUCGACCAGAUCUAUGAUGUGGGCUACCAGUACGGGAAGGCCGUGUUUGGGGGCUGGAGCCGGGGCGACGUCAUUGAAAAGAUGCUCACGGACCGACGGUCUGCAGAUCUUAACGAGAGCCGCCGUGCAGACGUGCUCGCCUUCCCCAGCUCCGGCUUCACCGACUUGGCGGAGAUCGUGUCCCGGAUCGAGCCCCCCACGAGCUAUGUUUCUGUUUCCGACGGCUGUGCAGAUGGGGAAGAGUCGGACUGCCUGACGGAGUACGAGGAGGACGCGGGACCAGACUGCUCGCGGGACGAAGGGGGCUCUCCGGAGGGCGCGAGCCCCAGCACUGCCUCCGAGACGGAGGAGGGCAAGUCAAUCCUCCGGCACCGGAGCUGUCUGCCGCAGAACCCCCCCAGAUCUGCGGAUGCCUGAGGACCUCGAGAGGGGUCCCACCUUGGGCUGGACUAGGGGUGGGCCCUCUGGGGGCGGCUCACUCCGCCUCUGCCUGCUGCUAUGCCUGUGAUCCCCCGGGGUGCCCCUUGACCCCCAGCCCCCAGGGUCCACACACUGGACUGGCUUGUCCCCCGGGGGACGGGCAGCACUGCACUGAUGACCCUUGAUCAGUCACACCAAUAAACCUUCCCCUCUCGGAA